CCCUCGACUUGACACCACCUCCUUAAAAUACCACGAUACAAUAAGGUCAGGCAUUUGUACCGUACUAAUUGGGCGAAUGUAUCGCGCAGCGUCAGCACAGCAGUGAGGUCCAAAUCAAGGCAAGUUUCUUGACAGCGUUGCACGAGCCUCCUUGUUUGGUUGGUGAAACGGAAACAUCUGGUUGUCCCGUGAGUUCAUACACGCAAGAAAAGGUUGAGCUGACAGACUCCUUCUCAAACCUGACCCUUGACCCUUGAGAUGGACUCCCAAAGCAUUUCAGUUGGCUUCAUUGGUGCAGGGAACAUGGCUUUCGGCAUUGUGAAGGGCAUCUUGACUGGGAACGUUCGCCCUAUGAAUGUCAAAGUGAGCGCUCCGUCUCUCAGGAACCUCGGACGCUUUAAGGAGAUGAACAUCUCCACAACUCACUCCAACACUGAGGUCGUGUGCACUUGCGAUGUUCUCUUUGUAGCAGUAAAACCUCAUUUAGUUGCGACAGUUCUCCGUGAGAUCUCGCACCACGUCACCGACAGACACACCAUUGUGUCCGUUGCCGCCGGAGUCACGCUGGCAACAUUAGAGGAGCUCCUGCCCGAGGGUUCACGUGUCAUCAGGCUGAUGCCGAAUCUUCCGUGCGUGGUUCUGCAGGGGGCACUCUUAUUUACACGGGGCACUCAUGCGAAACAAGAGCACGGUGCUCUAUUGUGCUCCUUGUUGCAGCGCUGCGGUUUGGUCGAAGAGGGACCCGAGGCCUGGCUUGACAUCCACACCGGACUGAGCGGGAGCGGAGUUGCCUUUGUGUACCUCUUUGCAGAGGCCCUGGCCGAAGGAGCAGUUAAAAUGGGCAUGCCCGGCGCUCUCGCCCAUAGAAUCGCAUCUCAGACUGUUCGGGGUGCUGGUCAGUUAUUACUGGAGUCCGACAAGCAUCCAGCUCAGCUGCGUUCGGAGGUCUGCACCCCAGGUGGCACAACCAUCUACGGGCUUCAUGCGCUGGAACAAGGAGGUGUGAGGGCAUCGACCAUGGCUGCCGUGGAAUCUGCAACUGAGAGAGCGAGGGAGCUUGGUCGAAAGACGGCGGCGGCACCGGGAAGCAUGAAAUGAUACCUGUGCGUGUCCUCUUCAAACUCUGUAAAGUCUUAAUUGCUAAGUACCCUUUCUUGAAUGAAUGAAUGAAUGAGUACCCUUUCUUCUCUGUUCUGCUGUUUAAAGAUUAAAAUAUUUCUUUUGUCAUCUA